CCCCCGUCCGCCUCACUGCUGGCGCCCAACCACAGACUCUCCCUCUCUCCCUCUCCCUCUCCCUCUCCCUCUCGCUCUCGCUCCUCUCACCUCUCACCUCUCACCUCUACUCUCUCUCCUCUUCCCUUCUUCCACCCCUUCCCUUUCCCCAACCCUACUACCACCUUUCCUCUUUCCUCUUGCGGGUCCUCUCUCGCACUUUCUUUUGUAUUUUGUCCGGUGUUCGGUAAUGACGACUCUUAUCUUUCCCUUCGCAUUCGCCGGGAUGGAGUCGCAGUUGUGAUUUGGUGAUCUCCCGAUAUUCCCAAAUAUCCCCAGUUGGCGCAUUCCGCAGGAACCACCUAGACUUCAGAUCACCUGAAACUCUAGGACUUGUUGCACAGCCUAUCACGUACACAGAUCAUUUCCUUACCACGCCUGACCUACUCGCUCUCGUUCGACUUACUCUUCUUUUUCCUUUUCUCUUCACGAUUCACGACCUCGUCACCAUCAGCGCGAUCGCGCGAGCUGCAACAUCUCACCAGCCGCAGCCGCGUACCUGACCAACCCCCUUCCUUGCCCAACUCCUCCUCCGCUUCGAAUUGAUCCUUCCCCACAUACCAGUGAGCGGAUCCCUCCACGACUUUCCAUCAUGGCUCAGCGUCAGCUGUCGCAGACGCUGCCCAAGAACUUCACCUUCCCGUCGCUCUGUUCCGAUGGGCCCAGGACUCCCGAACGCGAGUCCGCCCAGAUCGAGGUCCCGCCUCCCCCGCGCCAUUCCUUCUCCAGUUGCCGUUUGCCUCGCGUGCGCGUCCGCUCCGGGACUGACGUCUGCGAGCGGAUCAACCUGGAUCUUUUUCGAUUCCAAGGUUCGCUUUCAUCACAGGAUGUUCCCGUGCCCUCGAUCGAGUACCCGCAAGGGGGCUCGCCCUCGGACGCGACUUACUCCGAUGACCUUGCAAAUGACGAUCGCUUCCUCGCGCCUCCUCGCCAGCGCUUGAUCUUUAAGACUCCCCCGGCCCAGGUGCGCGGCAUGCCUUUCGAUGGCGGCGACUCGGAGCAGAUGUGGCCGUCGUGGGAUGAGACCCCAGGCCUGGCACGGAAUAUUCAGCGCCCCGGAACCGCGUGCUCUGAUUCCUCCUGCGAGUCCGUCGAGACUUUGGCCUCGCGCCCUUCCGUAGGAGGAAGCUGCACCAGUGUGGAGAGCGAUGCCUUCGACCACUCCUUCGUGCUCGAGAUCGCCAAGGAGCCCGGGACCGAGUCUCCUUCUCUUCCUGAAAGAAAGCAGGUGCAGCGAGCCCUUGUCAAGGACAAAUUGUGGACUCGUGAAAUGGACAAUCAUCUGUGGAACACAUACCAAAUGUACCUGCAAGACCCGACCAUCACCCCGUUCAAGCAGACUCCCGGCAGUAUCCCGCCAUUGGGCGUCACGGCAAGAGUUGCGCGCCGCGCGAAGCGCACCUGGGACAGCAGCAGAAGAUUGUCAUUUGCGCACACUCUUCCGACUCAAUCGAAUGAUCGCAGCGGGAGUUCUACACCUCGUGCGCGGGAAUCCUCCGUGUACCCUGCGUGGCCCCGGUCAGAUGCAAAGACCCGUUGCCGACUCAAGCAUUUGUGCCGCCGCAAGCUCUCCAUUUCGCCUUACUAUCACCGCAUAAUGCAGUCCCGUAGUCCGGAGCCCAUGGCCGACACCCUUGGAAUUCCUGCCGAAACGCGUGUCUCUGACUUUGCCAGCAACACGAAUGCCUAUGCUACUCGCGACCUGGGUGUCUCCCUUAUCUCGGCCGAUCCCUCGAACGUUCUGGCUCAGCUCGCCAAGCAGCCAGUACCCGGAGACUCUGAAUCAGGCUGGUUCAACAACGCUAUUGUGCCCACAGCCUUGCCUACUUGCUCAGCACCUCAACCUCCCACUCAGCUCCAUCAAUUCCCCGCAAUUGAUCCUCAUAACUUGCCCCCACGGUUGGGAUCACCUUUCGUGUACAGCACAUGGGGACCGGGGGGUUCCCGCCGUCAUGCCACAGAUGUUCCCCAGUCAGCCCGACGCGAGACGAUCCAUGUUCCUAACCGCCGUCCACGUCGCACCACCAACCUGGAGAAUACUCCACGAGACAUGGAUGACGUGUUCACGAGCGAUGUGCAUGCCCAGAAUGAAGACCAGGACGAAGAUGUUCAGACUCGCUUGGAGCAUUUCCUGCGCGAGAACAAGUUCCAAAGCAUUGGCAAGGGCCGAGUUCGAGUUCGUAACCGCGGUGCUACUACCUCUGGUGCCGUUGCACCCCGGGAUGUCGACCAGCUCUUUUCACCUCCUUCGUCUCUCAACUCCUCCCAAGCUGAAGGCGAGGAGACCACACCCGUCACCAAAACUCCCAUCAACCACUUCCUGAAUCUCAGCGGUGAGAACAUUAAGCGACUGGGUUCACCUUUCAAGGUCGAGUCCGCUUUCAAGCGUCGAGAUGCACCUGGGCGGUUCAUCAGACAUGCACCCUCGCUGUCAGAACCAUUUGCCAAAGGCAGUAUCAUGCCGUACGCCGAGACAUCGACCAAUCCGACUCCCUUCCAGGCGCAAGAGAAGACUGCAGAACCGACGCUGCGGAACCCUUUUGAGGAGGGUUUGUCCGACGCCGAGCGCAUUCGCCGGCAGAUCCAGAACAUGUCCUCCCUGCGCCAGUAGGUGUUCGCCUACCCGAUUUAUUGUUUUGCUGUCGCCUGUUCCCCGCUGUCAACUUUUCCUCGACCUUUCCGACUGCAUUGUGGUGCCGAUCUAUUUGCGACCUUGUCUUUUCAACCCUUUGCAUAACGACCUGAACGAUACACGAGAGAAGCAUGUCGGGCAUCUUCCCUCUUUUAAUCGCAGCCUUUAUUUUUCAUGACAGCAACGGCCUUGACGAAUGUAACGAUAUGCUUUGAGAUGGCCCGAGAUUUUUUCUGCAACUUGUCAGUGUGUGUUCUGUACCUGGCUUGCUUGGGAUCUCCCUCAAAAACAACCGACUGCUUUCCCACUACCAUGAUUUUUACCUACUCUCGCCACCGAAGAGAAACUUGUGAUGGGCUUUUUCACCCUCCUUAUUGGAUGUUGGACGAUUUGCACUGCGUUGACUUGCCUAUGAUCCGUUUUGUUCCACAAAUUGGAGAAAUUGGAUAUCAUAAUACGAACCUUCAACAUAAUUUGAGAAGGUUGCAAUCUUAAACGCCGUGUCGGGUCUCUCUCCUUGAACGAACGUCAUUGGACUCUUCAAGGAGUAGAUCAGCCAACUCCCAUUGGGACUUACUUUCAUUACCGCCCCCCUCUAUCCAUUUAUUUCAGCGUCUUUUGAUGCCAGUGCGUUUGCCGUGGAUUUGAAGACAAGAACCAGUACAUCAACAGAAUUUCUGGCUGUACAAAUCUGACUCCAUCCGUACCUGUCAUCCUUUGAUGCGCAUUCACACACUCUCUCAUAUCGGCUAGACCGAUUGGUUCAUUUCCUUUUCACUUGCCCGUUCCGACCCGUGUGGCUUAUUGUUAUAUGGCACGGGACAGACAAAAUUGCAUCACGAAAACCAUGAAAAAAAUAUCGCAAAAUCCUCAAACUGAAAACCAAAAAAACAUCACUACCACUUUGUCGUGUGUCUAUGUGCUACUAGCCAAAGAAUUGAACACUGCACCCCGCAUCACGACGCGCACUGGAUGACCUUCUGCCUCAUAAUUUCUCUUCGGCAAUCCCUCUCCAUCGGCAUAGCUGAACCUCGCUUUGCUGACCGGAGCCAACAACAUCCGCUCUCGACUUCACCUUGACCACCUCUUCCUGAGGUGAUGCAUGACCAUGUCUCCGAACUCACCCCCCAAAAAAGAAUGUGCAUGACGAUACAAUAUGCCAUUUCACUCCCAUUAAAUAGACGAACCGAAACGAAACGACCGCACAUGAUUUCGAAUACCUGUUGCGCCCCACGAACGACCCCUUUCCUGACUCCGACGAGACGCAGCGUGGUGUUUUGGUUAUCGUUCUUCUCUUGAUCUGCUCCGCCUCGCCUUUUUGCCUGUGCCUAUCUGUGCCUUAUGUCUGUGCAACUUUCGACCUUGAUGCCAGCGAGCUCUAUUUUCAACUCCAUUUUGCUUCUAUUCGGGUUCUCAUCUGUCAUCUUUCGCUCGUCUGAUGAGAACUUAUUCAUAUUUUUUCAUUUCUUUUCUCGACUCGACUCAGCUCGCGUGAAGGACGGGUUUAAUCUAUUUCCGCGAUCAUGUCUGUUCUUGAUUUUGAUCAUUUACAUGCAGUUGCAGAUGUACUCCUGAUCAAGACUCCCCCAAGAUCAUGGACCGUAUAUUGAAGCUACUCUGCUCUGCUCUCGCCCGUCUAACACACCCGCCAAGCACGUCUCCCCUCUCGAUAUCGAUAUUGCAUUGCUAUGCGUUGCAUCUUCGCUCGUGUUUCAGCACUUGAGCCCUCUAUCUACGACAGUCGUGGCAUCCAGAGCCUUACCCUGUCUUGCCUUGCUUGAUGCUCCACGCUGUUGCCUAUUUUUAUCCUUUCCAGCGAAUCUUCUCCAUGGCUUCAUCAUCUGCGUUGCUUGAUAUUCAGUGAUUAGAUCUAGGAACUCUGUGAUCUUUGUCUUGUUUGCGAAUCUGGGAUUUCUUUUUCUAGCGUGAUGAUGGAUGGAAUUGAUUCGUUGAAUUUAACUUUACUCUUCUCUUCUCCAAAUUUGUGACUGUAUAAAUAUUAGAUGUGUAGACAUACGAGUACAUGAUGGUUUGACAUGUACUUAAGCAAACGGUAACGGUUAGAGUUGCUAGAGGAC